GGAAGUACACGGGUGCGAUUGCAGGUAGGAGUAGGAGGGGGGAAUACAGGAGGGGGACUGUCAAAGCGACAAAUAGAAACCGAGACCAGGUGAAGAAGAGCAAAACUGGAAUACAGAGAGGGUGCAGAGCAAGGAGCAAGGAUGGGACAAAGUUAAAGGAAGAGACAUGGAGGCAAGGCGGAACGAGGCACAGGAGCAGGGCUGUGGUCAGAAACAUUGGUAGGGCUGGGGCCCCGAGCAAUGGCAGAGGUGCGAUACCCACGAGAGUCAGCGGCGGGGCCAGGAACAAGAGCAGGGGCGGGGCUAGAAGUACGUUCAGGGGCGGGGCCAGGAGCAAGAGCAGGGGCAGGACCAGGAGCAAGAGCUUGGGCCUGGCUAGGAGCAGGCAGGGGCUGUACCAGGCUCAGAGGGGAGGUGGAAUCUUAGAAGUGGGGUCCAGAGAGGUGGCCUGCGCGUGGGUGUUGAUGCCUGCGUUCUCCAGGUUCUAACCACGUUAUUGUGCGACUUAGCCAUGUUCCCUGCUGGUCAUGCGUGGCCCAAAGUCCGAGUCCUGCAGGUGCUGUGGGCCCUGCUGGCAGUGCUGCUGGCGUCGCGGAGGCUGUGGGCACUCAAGGAUUUCCAGGGAUGCACCUGGCAUGUUGUCCUGAACGAGUUUAACAGGGUAGGCGAGGAUGGCGUGGAAGACCGCUUCUUUAAGCAACAGCCCAUGGACACAGUGAGCAAGGUGUUUCAGACGCUAGUGGACUCACCCGUCGACACAAACGAGAUAUACAUGGGCUUCCCUUACUUCCUGAAGAUCAACUACCUCUGCAACCAAAAGCUCUCUCAGGACCUGGUGCGCAUGGGCCACCUGACGGGGCUAAAGCCCCUGGUGCUGGUCACCUUCCAGUCCCCAGUCAAUUUUUACCGCUGGAAGAUAGAGCAGCUGCAGAUCCAGAUGGAGGCUGCCCCCUUCCGCAGCAAAGUUUCAGAGGAAUGCAUGGCAGAGGAAGUGUGUAGCAUGAGCUGGUACACACCCAUGCCCAUCAAGAAUGGCAGCGUGAUCAUGCACGUGGACAUCAGCAGCAAUGGCCUGGGGACCUUCAUUCAAGAUAAAGGCUUCCAUGUGAACAUCAACGGCUUCCUGAAGCUAGACGAAGAUGAUGACAUCGUGUACGCUGUGGGGGAGGAGCUCUACAGCCUGACACCUGAGCACUUUGUGGGUAUCUCAUCGAGGCCCCUGUGGUACACUGUGGACCAGGCACCUGUGCUUAUCCUGGGUGGCAUUCCCAAUGAGAAGUAUGUCCUGAUGACUGACACCAGCUUCGAGGAACACUCGUUAGUGGAGCUCAGCAUUGACAGUUGCUGGGUGGGCUCCGUCUACUGCCCCCAUUCUGGCUUCACCGCCACCAUCUAUGACACCAUCGCCACCGAGAGCACCCUCUUCAUUCGGCAGAACCAGCUGGUCUACUACUUUACAGGCACCUAUACCACGCUUCACGAGAGCAACCGCGGCAGUGGCAGCUGGGUUCGUGUCCUGGCCAGCGAGUGCAUCAAGAAGCUGUGCCCUGCGCAUUUCCCUGCCAAUGGCUCUGAGUACGUAAUGGCCCUUACCAUGGGCAAGAAUGAGGGUUUUAUACACUUCGGGACCAUCACAGAUGGCCAGGUAUCCUUUGAGAUGCUGCCCAAGCACUGGUCUGUGUGCCAGCAGAUAGCAGAUAACACCUGUAGCAUAAUUUGGUCCGAAUACAUUGCGGGCGAACAGACCGUACUGCUGCUGGUGGAGACUGGAUCUUCUGACGGCAGUAAAAUUUACAUGGUGAUCAGCUACAACAGAGCUCGAGGGUUGCAGUUCCUGAUGAUCCUAGGGACAGAGACCUACACCAGCACCCGGAUGGUCUCCAAGGGCAUCUCCUUUAACCCAUACAACAACUUGAUCUUCAUCUGGGGCAACUUCCUUCUGCAGAGCUCUAACAAGGAAAACUUAAUCUACCUGGCAGACUUCCCCAAGGAACAGAUCAUCAAAUAUAUAGCCAGAUCGUUCCUUGGGAACAUGGCUAUAGUCACAGAGACAGAGGAGAUCUGGUACCUCAUGGAGGGCACCUACCGGGUGUACCAGCUGUUCCCGUCCAGGGGCUGGGAUGUGCACAUCAGCUUACAGUGGAUGCAGCAGUCCUCUCUCUAUGCAUCUAAUGAAACCAUGGUGACCCUUUUCUAUGAAAACAACAAACUGUAUCAGCUGGUGUACCUUAUGCACAAGCAUGAGGGCAAGCUGGUCAAGAGGCCCAUGCCCGUGGAGAAGCUUCUGAUGUAUCAACAGCACACCAACUACUAUGACUUGGAGAGGAAAGGGAACUACUCGAUGCUCUCCUUCACCAACCUCUGCCCCUUCUCGGUGAUGCGCCUGCGGAACCUGCCCAGACCACAGAGAUACACGCGCCAGGAGCGCUACCGGGCGCGGCCGCCGAGCAUCUUUGAGCGCUCGGGCUUCCACACCAAGAACUCGCUCGCCAUCUACCAGGGCCUGGUCUACCACCUGCUCUGGCUGCACACCAAAUACGACAAGCCGUACGCGGACCCGGUGCACGACCCCACCUGGCGCUGGUGGCAGAACAACAAACAAGACAAGGAUUACUACUUCUUCCUGGCGAGCAAUUGGCAAAGCGCGGGCGGCGUGUACAUUGACAUGGACAGUUACGAAAAGAUCUAUAACCUCGAGCCCGAGUACCAGCUGCCGGAGCGCAUUUUUCUAGACAAGGGCACUGAGUACAGCUUCACCAUCUUCCUGUCGGCGCAAGGCCGCUCGUUCAGUGCGCAGGCAGAACUCGGCAGCGCCUUCCAACCGCACACCAGGGUGGACGUGGGUGUGGUGCUGGCCAACCCUGGCUGCAUCGAGGCCUUGGUGAAGCAAGAGAUCCUGAUUAAUCGCAACUCGGUGCUAUUUUUGAUUACACUCAAGGAUAAAAAGCUUUGCUAUGACCAAGGCAUUAGCGGACAUCACCUUAUGAAGACUUCCAUGAUGGUCAAUGUGGUGGGCUCAUCUGGGUUCUGCUUCCAGGACACGCACCUGGAGCCCCAUAUGCAAGGCAACCUGAUGGUGCCAGUGCUCAUAGGCUGCCCCCCAGGCAAGCGCCUGGCCUUCGACAUCACCUACACGCUGGAAUACAGCCUCCGGCAGAACAAACACUACUUCGACUGCGUGCACGUGGACCCCGAGAUGCCCUGCUUUCUCUUCCGGGACAUUUUCUACCCCUUCUUCUUGAUUCAAGAUUUGGUGACAGGAGACUCCGGCAGUUUCCAGGGCAGCUACGUGCUGCUGGUGGUGGGUGGCGGGCCUACACUGGAAAGCAUCAGAGACUACAGCAAGGACGAAAUCUACCGUUUCAACAGCCCCCAGGACAAGACCAACAGCCUUAUCUGGACCACAAGGAUCUCAAGGACCACCAAAGACUCAGCCUUCCACAUCAUGUCCCACGAGAGCCCCGGCAUCGAGUGGCUGUGUCUGGAGAACUCCCCAUGCUAUGACAACGUUCCCAGAGGCAUCUUCUCCCCUGAAUUCUUCUUCAAGGUGUUGGUGAGCAAUAGAGGAGUGGACACAAGCACCUACUGCAACUACCAACUCACCUUCCUGGUGCACAUCCAUGGGCUGCCACUCAGUCCCAAGCGGGCCCUCUUCAUUUUCAUGGUGUCGACCAGCGUGUUUGUGGGCCUGGUGAUCUUCUACAUCAUCUUCUGCCUCCUGUGGCCCCUCAUGGUGAAAGGCUGCACGACGCUCCGGUGGAAGAUAAAUGACAUCAUUGCCUCAGACUCCUACUACACCUACACCUCCAUUUCCGGAAUCUCCAGCAUGGCGUCUCUGAGACAGUCCAGGCAGGGCUCCAUUGUCAGCUCCAGGAUAGAAGAGGAUGGGGCUGAACCCAGGGAAGCCAUGGAGGGACAGCUGACGGCCUUAGCCUCUCACCUGCCCCCGCCCCCAGCCACCAUCACGCCUCCCCUACAAGGCCCAUCUUGAAGAUGUGCCUGUCACCCAGCCCAGGCCUCUUUUUCUGUUUUGCUUGAUGUUUACUUCUCGUUCAGACUCAAAUAAAGCCUGAUUUCAGGACCAGCUGUGGGUUCUCUUAAGAACUCCA